CACGGACCACGCCGUCGAGACGCCAAAAUGCCUCGCGGACCUAAGAAGCACCUCAAGAGGCUCAAUGCCCCCAGCCACUGGAUGCUCGACAAGCUCGGCGGCGUCUUCGCCCCGAAGCCGAGCCCGGGCCCGCACAAGCAACGCGAGUGCCUCCCCCUGUGCCUCAUCCUCCGCAACCGCCUCAAGUACGCGCUCACGUACAAGGAGGUGACGACGAUCCUGAUGCAGAGGCUCGUGAAGGUGGACGGCAAGACGAGGAUCGACAAGUGCUACCCCGCCGGGUUCAUGGACGUCGUGUCCAUCGACAAGACGGACGAGCACUUCAGGCUCAUCUACGACCAGAAGGGCCGCUUCGUCGUGCACCGCAUCACGCAGCUGGAGUCCCAGUACAAGCUGUGCAAGGUGCGCACGAAGAAGCUCGGCGACAAGGGCGUGCCGUGCGUUAACCUCCACGACGGCCGCACCAUCCGUUACCCGGACCCGGAGAUUAAGGAGUCCGACACCGUCAUGGUGGACAUCUCGUCCAACACGAUCACGAACCACUUCAAGUUUGACGCGGGGGCGCUCGCCAUGAUCACCGGCGGCCGCAACGCCGGGCGCGUCGGCGUCAUCCAGCGCCGCGAGAAGCACAAGGGCUCGUUCGAGAUCAUCCACGUGCAAGACGCGGCGGGGCAUCAGUUUGCCACGCGCGCGACCAACGUUUUCGUCAUCGGCGAAGGGAACAAGCCGAUGGUGUCGCUGCCGAAGGGCAAGGGCAUCAAGCUGUCCAUCGUGGAGGAGCUCGAGAAGCGCAAGGAGGCGUGA